AUGGCUCCGGAUUUUCCAUGGAGGCAAAAGUCAAAGGAGAAGGAGAAGAAGGCCGAGGAGGGUGGUGAUGGCAACGCGAAAGUCGUCUUGACGCCAUCGGCCGCUCCCCGGGUUUCAGUAUCGUCACUUUCAUCCGACGACAACGGCAAGCGAAUCCCAGUGGCUCCCAUCCUCGACAACGAGGAUGAGCAGUUUCUCGAGCGACUCGUUGCGCGCACUGGCUUUGGCGCGGAGGAAGAGGGACCUCGGCCGGCGCUGCCGCCUCGAUCGAAAACCCCCGAGUUGACGUGGGAUUGGGAUGACAAGAGCGAGACGUUCCAGCUGUUCGGCGCCAGCUCGGCCUCCAACCCCAACGAUACGGCUCUGGUGUUGAAGGACAAGAAUACCGAGCUGGCAACGAUACCCAAGGCGCCAGAACAAGAGUCACCUUCUGGGCCAGAGGAGAUUGCUAUCGACGCGGCAGAUACAAAGGCUGAUGGAAAGGAUAACCAGAACACCAAGUCGAAGGAGAAGAAGCCAUCGCGCCUGUCCCGCAUGUUCACGCGCUCCAAGAAGCAGGGUUCAUCAACCCCGGACAACCUCGCCGUUCCCGCGACCGAGGGCACAACCAAGCCGGAAUCGGCCGAGAAGGAAUGGGCCGACCUCUCUCGCUUGUUAGACAAGCUCAACCUGUCGUCUUCGGGCUCCAUCUCUUCAGACGCAAAAGACCUACUGGUUCGGCCGUUUGUCCAAAUUCUCAAGGAUCUCGCCAACGGUGUCCCCACAGCAGUUGACGACCUUGUCUCCCUCCUCGACGGCCGGAAUGAUAUCCUCACCAAGACCUUUGAGAAGCUGCCUUCGUCUCUCCAAAAGCUAGUGACUCAGCUUCCCAAGAAGCUCACCUCUAGCCUUGCCCCGGAAAUUCUAGCCAUGGCCGCGGAAGCGCAGGGGCUGGAUAAAUCCAGGAUUAAUGCUGACGAGGGGCUGAAGGGGGCAGCCAAGUUCUUUAUGCCAAAGAACCUGAGUGAUUUGGCGCUCACCCCAGCGUUGAUCAAGACCAUGCUCAAGGCCAUCUUGAAUGCGCUCAAGACCAAGUUUCCCAUGUUGGCGGGAACAAGCGCGUUGUGGAGCGUGGCUGUUUUCCUGUUGCUGUUUGUGCUGUGGUAUUGUCAUAAACGAGGCAGAGAGGAGAGGGAGAAGAAGGAGAAAGAAGAGGCUGAGGGGGAGGGGGAGAAGAAGGAAGGGGAGGCGGACGGGGAGGCAGUCAGCGGAGAGCGGGUGGUGGAGGAGGUCUUGCAGAAUGAGAGGGCCGGGGACGGGACGGUGGCUGGCCAGGGGGGUAACGGGGAACUGGUGGUGGUCGUUGACGCGCCGGGUAAGGGGGUUCCCAAGUAA